AUGUGUCCCUCUCUAAAAUGGUCUUUCUUUCACGCAACUUUGUCAAAAACUGCACCCCGAAUCCAGUUCCAUCAACUGGCGGCUGAGUUGAAAUAUGAAAUUGAACAGACUCUCACCAAACCAGGCGCCACAACCGGAGGCUGUGUUGGUGCCAGUGGCGGCAGCUUCGGCUCUGCCUUGCCGACCAUUUCGGGACAAACCGGUAGGCCGGAUCGAGCAGAUCCGACGCAACGAUACGCCACGAUGAGGAGUAGAGUUGUUGACUUGACGACGGAUCUGGAAGCUCGUCUUGAUGAGCACAUCACCCUUUUGCGGCGACUGGACGAAUUGCACCAUUUGGCCAUAAAAGUGGUCCCGUUACACAAGGUUGGUCUGUUCAACUUGCUUACAUUUUACACUUUAAUUGACUGCACCAUUUGCAUUCAUUAUAAAUAG